GUUCUAUGUACCGACAUGAGAUUAGACUUUCUUUGAUCUCAAAAGCAGCAAGUCUUCUGUGCAUUGCAGGCUCAUCCUUACAGACAUCACGGCUAUCAGCAAUCUGGGAGGCAUUCGCACCGUUGAUCAUUGAUCCUGGGAAGUUGAUCUCCCAAGAACCUGCAAUAUGGGCCGUGGGCGUGACGACCCGGAACCGACUUUUGACGAGGACAAAGACCUCGACGAGAUCUGGCCGCAAGUUGUACAACAGUAUGAGAAAAUCACGAGACAGAAGCUGGAUCCCAGAACCACCUUCGCGGCUUUCCAAAUCCAAAUCGACGAAGACAUACAGCGUUCCGCAACAAAGAGCCAUCAACAUGCUCGGAAAGUGCUCAACAACGUUGGGUAUUGUCUUGAACAGUUCGGAAACAUCAUCGUACAAGGGGCGAGCAUAGUCUUCGGUCCAACCGCUCAGUGCUGGAAUGCGAUUAGUUUCGUGAUCACGGCGGCGCGAAAAUUUGGCGACGUCUUGGAUGGCUUCGUCACCUUGAUGGAGCGCUCAUCAGCAUUCCUCCAACGUCUGAACUUCUUCCUGCAACAAGAACGUGAUAAAUCCGGUUCUCGACUGCCAAACCACCUCCGCAAGCCCGCAUACGACAUCUUGUCUCAGUUCCUUGGCGUUCUUCGGUCUUCGUAUAGUCUGGCCACCAGCAGGAGGGAGAGACUCAAGACUAUGGUCGGCGUCCUGCUUUUUAACUCGGAUGCCGGUGUAGCAGAAUCUCUUAAUCUCAUGGAGAUGCGAAUCAAGGACUUCACCAAUGCCCAGGUCGAUCAAAUAUUGGUGGACGUCAAGGGGCUUGCGAGAUAUCUUCGUGAAUCUGACGAGGACAGAAAACGUCACCAGUCUGAAAUCCAAGAAUAUCUCGAGCACGUAUACAGAGUCAACGAGCAGGUACUGAACGUUACUCAGGACAUGAAGGCAACCAUAGACGGUCGUACCACCAAGGAUCAACAUAACGACGAUAAGUCCAAGAUAUGGAAGAGUCUGGCGUUUCAAAAACCUGGUGAACAAGACUCGUGGGACAAGCGGCACAAUGAGAUCUGCAAAGUUCGUGUGAAAGACACUGGGAAGUGGCUUGAGCUUGUUGAUGGGUUCAUGAAAUGGGCUGACAUCAACCAACACGAGAACAAGGUGCUUCUCUUGAAGGCCGACUCUGGUUUCGGGAAAACAUACGUCUCUAACCAUGUCAUCUCGUAUCUUCAAGAGACAUAUCGGGCUGGGGCUGGGCCGAACCAAACUUACCUGGCCUAUUACUACUAUGGUGCCGACAAGGACGAUUCCCUUGAAAAGUGCGUUGGAUCUAUCAUUCACCAGUUUGCAGCCGUAGAUGUUGGAUACGCGAAAGCGGUGGCCAACGCGUGCGGGCGACCAGCGAGUACCGCGCGAGCUGAAGAUCGGUGGAAGCAUCUUGUACAAAGACUACAGAAUCACAUGAAGGGGAUUUACUUCGUUUGUAUAGAUGGACUCGACGGUCGAGGUCAACCUGACAACUUAGAGGCAACCGUUUCGACCAUCGUACAUCAUGCCACGUCCCAGACUGGCUCCGGUGGAGUCUCCAUUCGUCUCUUCAUAUCGGGCAGUGACGAAGCACUUUCAAAAAGUCCACAAGGUGUCGAGGGUAUCCGCAUCAUCACCUUGGAUCCAUCCGAGGACCCUGCCAAGCCGACGGCACUGGAGAGUGAUAGAGAAGACCAACCCCGGUUGACGCCACUGCUGAAUGCAAGUGACCUGGAAGCCGUCACAAGGGCCCGUGUUAUGGACAUAUGCAAGACCAAGCCAGACCUCAAAGCAAUCUUGAAUGAAUCGAACAUCCAGCUUUUGGUUGAGAAUAUUCGUGGGAACUAUGCCCGCCUCGAGGCGAAGAUGACAGAGAUCAACGCUUGCGAUACAGAACGAAAGGUUCAAGAAGUCAUCAAUAACGACAGUGACGACAUCAACACUGUACAAAGAAACAACCUAAAGGCUCUUGAUGCCUCACUGGAUUCAAACCAAGUUCGAAAGCUCAACGAGCUUCUCGUGUGGGUCUCUGGCAUGAUCGGUAGUCCUUCGAUCAAGUUUCUUCAAAGCGCUCUCUACUUUGCCUUGGGCGAAAAAUUUCUUCUAGAAUCUGAGGUUGCCACCACGUACUCAGCAUUGCUCAAAAUCGACAAGGAAGGUGGGGUCAGUUUCAAAUCUGACGAUUACAAAGACAUCCUAUCCGCGAGCGAUGCCCCAAACCCUGGAUCGGCUCUUACGGAUCUACACACUGAAGAAAUCAGCCGAGCUGAGGUCGAUCUUUGCCGUCGGUUCAUCAGGAACGCAUGCGACGCAGUUGAUUACACCAGGUUUAAAUUCGAUGAAUUCUUCGAUACCAUGGCACACAAAGUUCAUAUUUACCUCGGCGAUCAAGAUGUUGUGAGCGUCACAAUCAUUGGCACGUGUGUCGACGUCCUCUGCGAUACCCAGAAAGAUGAGAACCUCGGAGAACUGCGUGAUUAUGCCUCGAAGUGGUUCUAUGAGCACCUCAAGACUCUGGUAGAGAGGCUCGACGAUUUCGAACCCAAUAGGCAAUCCUUGACCGAGAUCGGGGCCAAACUUGUUGACUUGUUUUACGAGCCAGAUCUGAUCGACGCAUGGUUCCUCAAGACGAAUUUGACUUGGCUGAAGUACGAUUGGCUCUACCAAGAUGAUUUCAUCGACCCUCUACUGAAGUUCUGGAAGAACCCUCAUGUAGCCAAAGGCUAUGGAAAACACGCGAAGAAAAGUGAAUGGGUCAGAAAGGUCGUUGCAGACUCCGCAAACAAGUACUUGAUCCUGGAACGAGUGGCAGCACGAUUAGCAAACCAUUGGUUCAGCUGCACGACAACAGCAGCCCCGGAUUAUCUCUGGAUAUCCUAUGGCAUUAUAGUCAAGGGAGCUGGCAAGUCUUUCGACGAGAACACGCCUCCAACUCUCCUUGAGGUUGAUCACUUCAUCCAGUGGGUCAAGAUGCAAGAUUUCGACCUCGAUGAUUACACAUGGGCUUACCGUAAGGGCGCGACCAACUUGACUUUUCAACAUUACAGAGAAGCUAUUCGUGCGUUCGAAGAAGCCGAGCAACACCCAAGGACUAGUUGGGGCGUGGCCCUUGGUCUGUCACGUGCACACGAACAGCUGAAGGACUUCCACGCAGCACUGCAGUACAUACAAAAGUUCAAGUCAUUCAACGGGCCGUCUUUUGAGAUUGACAAGGAGUACAGGCUUGCAUACUGGUCCGUGCUUUUGGCAGAAGGCGAUUGUUAUAGACAGUGCCAGGACUACGACCCAGCUGUCAAAUGCUUCCGAGACAUUCUGGACCAGGAUGUGGAUGCAGAGCUUUGGCCAGGAAGCGUUCAUGAACAUGCGCUCUCGGGGCUUUUCACAACGUGGACCGAAAUGAAGAGCUAUCGCUCGAUCACAGAUUUCAUGCGAAGCUGGAGAAACGCUGAAAAUAAGGAACGAGGUCUCAUCUAUUGGUUCCAGAAGACGGCAAGGGUCGACAAAAUCCAUGGGUGUAUCAUCGUUGCUGCAAAGCACGUCGAAGCCGUGGAAGAAAUCUGCUCGUUGUAUCAGGAUGUCAUUGACCACAUGGCUGCGAGUACCUCCACGAUCGAUGACCAAGGAGAUGGCCUUGAUCCUUAUAUCAGAGGACAAUUGCAAUACUUCCAAGCUGCCCUUAGAUUCCAUGGGAGUCGAUCCCAGCACAACCACGACCGGGGCAUACAGUUGUGGGAAGAGAUCAUUCGAAGGUCUGAUGACCCAUCAUCGUCCUGGUGGACAGCUUACAACGCUAGUCGCAAACUAGCUCCUUGCCUUCUUGAUAAGGCAGUUACUGAAACUCCAGCAGCAUCAUCAAGUCCCUCUGAGAGCUAUGUCAGCAAACUGGAAGCGCUUGCCAAGUUGAACAACACGGUGAUCCGCAACAAUCGCCAAGGUCAAACGGACCCUCGUCUAUGUUUGACGAGGCUGUACCGCCUUAAGGGGAACCAUCAAUCGGCAUUUGCGGAAGCGCAGGCACGACUUUGUAGUGUUUUCGACAAGUGGCCUGAGGAUGCGAAUGAUGAUUCUCUCCAACUUCGCUUCCAGAAUCUUGCACAGACACUGACUGUUCUUGACAAAGACAUCGAUGCCGUUGCAGCAUGGCAAGCGACGAGUUCGCACCAGUCGCAAAAGCCUUGUACAACUGAUGCAAGCGCUACCGAUGCUCUGAAGCCCGCUAAUCCGAACUCAAGUGGUGUCCACCCCGUUCCACCGCUAGCAACAUCUGUCGACAAGGCUGAAAAUGAUCCAGGCGUAUUUACAUCAGUCGAUGCUACGCCGAAAGCGUACAUCUCAGGCUACGACUGCGAUGGGGAAUGUGAGACACAAUGGAAAGACAUGUUGGCCGACUGUUGGGUGUGCAAACACUGUCUCUGCGUGCAGCUGUGCUCAGCCUGCUACGGGAAGCUACAAGCAGACGAUCUCCAUCCUUUGAUUUGCAACAAGGAACACAAGCUGCUCUACCUUCCGCCAUUUGAUCAGAACAUGUGGCAGAGUAUAUCGUCAGAUAUGAUCAUUAUUGACAAGCAGCCGGUGCCACGGCUGCAAUGGUUGAACAAGAUCCGAGACGAGUAUGGGGUACAGCAGGAGCAGAUCGAUAUGCUCAAGAUUGAGAAGGCUAGGGAAUUGAAGGCUGCCACUUGCAUUGCUAGGCAUAUUUUGAGAUGGCGUAGGAAGUUAUUGAAGAUCAGGGCUGCGAGACAACCGACGGUGCCUACACUCCGUCGGGCCCGGACAAUCGUAUAGGUAGAGUGCUCUAAAUUCAGC